CUCUCAGUGCAAAGGGGCCCAGUCUCCUUCGUCUUAUCUGUUUCUUUUGUUUCCUUCAAACUUCAUCUUUUUAAACGCCAAUAUGAACAACUUUAAGCUAAUGCAAAGUGGUGGUGGUGGUGGUGGAGGCAGCAGGGGCUUUAGUGUCUGUUCACUUGGUGGAGGAAGAUCAGGUGGCUCUUAUUCUGUAGGUGCAUCAUCACAAAGUCUCUAUAACCUUGGUGGAAGAAAGAAAACUGCAGUCGCUUCAUCUGUUCGUGUUGGGUCAAGCCAUGGUGGAGGAGCAUUUGGUGGUGCUGGAGGAUAUGGCGGUGGUGCAGGAGGAUAUGGCGGUGGUGGAGGAGGAUAUGGCGGUGGUGGAGGAGGAUAUGGUGGUGGUGGUGCAGGAGGAUAUGGUGGUGGUGGUGCAGGAGGAUAUGGUGGGGGUGCAGGAGGAUUUGGUGGUGGUGCAGGAGGAUUUGGUGGUGGUGCAGGAGGAUAUGGCGGUGGUGCAGGAGGCUUUGGUGGUGGUGCAGGAGGCUUUGGUGGGGGUGCCGGAGGACAUGGAGGACAAGGAGGAGGUCCCGGCUUCCCUGUGUGUCCUCCUGGUGGCAUCCAGGAAGUUAGCAUAAAUCAAAGCCUUUUGAAACCACUUAAUGUUGAAAUAGAUCCAACCAUUCAAAAAGUGAAAACUGAGGAAAGGGAACAGAUCAAAACUUUGAACAACAAAUUUGCAAGUUUCAUUGACAAGGUUAGGUUCCUGGAACAGCAAAACAAAGUACUAGAGACAAAAUGGCAACUUUUACAAGAGCAAGGGCACACAGGUGGCUCAAAAAAGCCUAGCUUAGAACCACUUUUUGAGGCUUUCAUAAGCGCUCUUACUAGGCAGCUUGAAAGUCAAUUAAGUGAUAAAAGCCGUCUGGAGAAUGAACAAAAGAAUAUGCAAGAAUUGGUAGAAGACUACAAGAAAAAAUAUGAAGACGAAAUUAAUAAGCGUACAAAAGCAGAAAAUGACUUUGUGGUGCUUAAAAAGGAUGUGGAUGCUGCAUUCAUGAUCAAAACAGAUUUGGAAAUCAAGGUUGAAUUGAGCACAGAGGAGUUGAACUUCUUGAGAAUGCUAUAUGAUGCUGAGCUUCAAAGUGCACAAGGAGGAACAGGUGACACCUCUGUCAUUCUAUCUAUGGACAAUAACCGGGACCUGUCUCUUGAUGGAAUACUAAGAGAUGUAAAGAGACAAUAUGAAGCUGUUGCAGAAAGAAGCAAAGCUGAAACACAAGGCUUAUUUGACCUUAAAUAUCAGCAACUACAGGCUACAGCUGGAAAACAAGGAGACAACUUGAAGAGCACCAAGAGUGAGAUUUCAGAAAUUAACCGUAUGAUCCAGAGGCUGAAAUCUGAGAUUGAGAGUAUCAAAAAACAGAUUGCAGCCCUUCAGACCUCCAUUACUGAGGCCGAAAAUCGUGGAGAACUUGCAUUGAAGGAUGCCCAGAAGAAGUUGGCUGACCUUGAGGCUGCUUUGCAGAAAGCCAAAGAAGACCUGGCCCGUCAAGUACGUGACUACCAAGAGCUACUAAGUACCAAGAUUUCCCUUGAUGUGGAAAUUUGCACAUACAGAGCCCUGUUGGAAGGAGAAGAGGACAGAAUGUCUGGACAUGUACAGAACAAUGUGAGCUUUUCUGUUGUUGGUGGAGGUUCCUCAAGUAUGUCUGGCGGAGGAGGUGGAUAUGGUGCUGGCGGAGGAGCUGGAUAUGGUGCUGGCGGAGGAGCUGGAUAUGGUGCUGGCGGAGGAGCUGGAUAUGGUUCUGGUGGAGGAGCUGGAUAUGGUGCUGGUGGAGGAGGCAGUGGAUAUGGUGCUGGUGGAGGAGGCAGUGGAUAUGGUGUUGGAGGAGGAGGCAGUGGAUAUAUUGUUGGAGGAGGAAGCGGAUAUGGUGCUGGAGGAGGAUACAGCAGUGGUGGCGGCCAAGCAAACAGCGGUUACAGCCAAUCAUCUGCUUCAAGAUCCUCAGUGGCUGUGUCAAAAACAACAUCAACCUCCGUCAAGAAAUCUUAUUAAGAUGCCCCACUGUCCUAGCCCUAAUUUCCACUCUUCCAAGCCAAACCUUAUUAUACCUUUUCAGUCUGCUCAAAUGAGAGAAGCUUCCAUAGUCAUCUUCAGUUGUAUUAGCCUUGUCGUGUCCUAUUUUGUUCUUCAGGAUACGGCUGAUUAUAAUUUAAACAAUUUAUGCUUCCCCAUCACAGAAACCCAUGAACUGGUUAUUGUAUGAUUUUGAUUGGCCCAUUGCACUAAGGUUACUAAAAAAUUUAACAGAUGGACCAUUCUUAAACAACCCAUGUGGUUAAAUCCAGUAGAAUGGCCCUCAUCUUGCACAGAUGCUGGUAAAAUAAAUUGUCAAAUAAUAGCUCAAAAUGUUACUUUAUAUGACCAGUUGCAUAGUUCUCAUUGAUGGGUUCAUUAACUAAAAAGUAAUAAAGAACAUAGUUUCAAAUAUGAAAGGAAAACUGCACUACAGCAUACACCAAGCAGAAUAUUGAACCAGAUAUGUGCCAAGGGUAUCAUGUAAGAAUGUAACUGUACUUGAAUGUAUCUCUGUAAGUGAGUGAAACUUCUAUACUAGGUAUUGGUUGUAGCCAGUCCUAUACAUACCUGCUUUUCUUUGUUUUGUGAAGUAAUGGAUGGUAUCACUUCUGGGUGUUUAUUGUAUAUAAAAUCCUUUAUAAUGCAUUACUGGAUUAUCCAAUACCAGGCUUGCAUCUCUUGUCUUUUCUUUAUAUCUUCAAUAAACUGCACGUGAAUUUCAAAUUUAA